AUGAAGAAUUCAAUUCCUGUUAUAAUAACGUUACUAUGGUAUUCGUUUAUAGUAAACGCUUCGCAUUGUGGGUGCAAAAAUCUAAGUCCAUGUUAUGAAGAAAUGCUAAAUAGCCUUCUAGAUGUUGAUGAAGAUCCGUGUGUUGAGAAUGUAGCCAUAGGAGCGAGUACCAUAAUUGUAUAUUUGCAAGCUCUCAAGCAAUUUUGUGGACACGCUAUUAAAGUGGACGAGGAAAAUGCCACGUUUGAGGGUAGAACGCUUUAUGAAGUUGUGCUUAAUACCACAGACGAAGUGGAAAGACAGUCGAAACCUGUAAUCGUGAUAGAGGCUGGUCAGGAGGCUGGUUCUGGGCCUGUGAUGCUGGCUCUUUUUAUCAUAGAACAGAUCGUUGCGUGUGAAGAGUAUAGCGAAAUGAUGGAGAAGGUCACUUGGGUGAUUCUGCCUUGUACAAACCCAGAUGGACAGGAAUACCUCCGAUGUGGACAGGAGCCAUGGCACAAAAACCGGAAACCUCUACAGAAUAAGCUUACUUACGGCGUGGAUAUUAGUCGGAAUUUUGACGAUUCUUGGACCACUUGCCCAGUAUCAGAUAAUAUAUUCUCGUCAAAUUAUCCAGGACCUUCGGCCGCAUCCGAAAAUGAGACUCAAUUCAUAAGCAAUGUCUUAGCGAAAUAUAAACAAGACCUGAAAGCUUACAUAUCCAUUAGACGCGACGGGCAUUCCAUAUUAUACCCAUUUGCCAGUAAAGGUGUGACUAGAACAGACCUUGACAAAGCACAAAGUAUAGCAGGAGAAAUUGCAGGGAAAAUAAACCAGAGAGCUGGAAACAUACAAUGGUUUCUAAAUUCAAGUAUCUUUGAUAUGAAUGGCGAGGCGCGGUGUGGCCACAGUGUUGACUUUGCGUACAACAAACUCGGAAUACCAUACUCUUACGAAAUGCGUGUCUUUCCUGAUUCUACUACUCGCAUAAUGUCAAAGUUUCAGACAUUCCCUAAAGGUUACGAAACCUCCUUGCGAAAUGGCUAUUUUAGUGGUAUAAGGGAGCUCUAUAACAUAGUAGUCAACGAGAAAACAAGACGCGCUGGUUAUUAG